AUGCUAGAGACCUAUCAUGGUGUUUACCUGUGGAAAUAUAUUCCCAACCUAGUGCUCUCCCUUAUCUUUCUUGCCUUAUUCACAAUUGCAACUCUGUCAUGGCUGGAGAUUAUACAGGACUUAACGGCAGCUACAUUCUAUACUGACAACUUGAGCCUGUAUUUGCUCACAUCCGUUUUCCUUGUGGUGCCUCCGAUCAUGUUUGCAGCCACUCUGUAUAUGCUCUACUCUCGCCUCGUCUGUGCUGUCAUUGAGGGAGGAGAGCGCCGGUUCCUUUCUCCUUCCCUUUCCCCCGUGCCUGUGCGAUGGGCCAGCCGGAUCUUUAUCAUCGGAGACUUUGGCUGCUUCAUGAUCCAGGGCAAUGCGGCUGGUCUAUUGGGGAAGCAGGAUCUGACGCAGAUCGCCGACUACAUCAUCAUUGUCGGCCUUGUUCUGCAGAUCAUCGUCUUUGUCUUCUUCAUCGGCUGCUGUGCAAUUUUCCAUCGGAGAAUCAGAAUACAAGCUGGCGUCUCGAUCCCAACCCAUGUCCCCUGGCAGUCCUGUCUCAAUAUGCUGUAUGUGACAUCGUCCGCUACUCUCGUCCGCAACAUCUACCGUGUGGUGGAGUUUGUGAUGCAAUCCGCGGACCCGAACAGCUAUCUCCUUACUACAGAGUGGCCGCUUUACGUCUUUGAUGGUGCCUUGAUGAUCUUGAUCAUGGUCAUUUUUUAUAUCUGGUAUCCAAUGAACUUCAAUCAGGAAGAGAGUCGCCGCUUGAGUUGGUUUAUAAACAGCUAG